AUGUCCUCCCCUCCGACUUCCAAGCGAAUCAAAACCUCGGCCACCACCAGCGCCCCGCCGCAUCUCCUCGCUCAACAACAAAUCCACCCCUUCCACCGCGUGCCCACCUUCGAAGGCAUCCCAAUCCCCACGGCGCCAUUGCCGCAUCAACCUCAACAGCAGCAACAAUCGCAACCGCAGCAACCGACAACAACAUCGCGGAAACGUCCACCAUCUCCCACCCCCGGAUCAUCCACCAUGAUGGCCGCGCCGAUGAACCCGGCGGGGGGUGCCAUCGAGGGCGAUCCCGGCCCCAUGCCUCCCCCGGUAGAGCCCACCCCGAAGAAGAAGGGCCGCACGAACACCCCAUGGACCGCCGAAGAGGAGCAGCGACUGAAGACAAUGCGCGACGCCGGUCGCAGCUGGAGUGAGAUCGCAAAGACUUUCCCCACGCGUACUGAAGGUAGCGUCAAGAAGCACUGGUACAAGGUAUGCGCCCACCGGUCUCUUGUCUCAAUGUGGGUUUUCAUCGGCUUUACUGACACCUCACUCCCCCAGGAUAUGCACUACGCCGAGUUCGCCGAAGAUGAGUCCAUCAAACUCCGCGAGGCAAUCAAGGAAUACGAGGCGAACAAAUGGAAGGUGAUCGGACAGAAGGUUGGCAAGCCAGCGAAGGCCUGCGAACAGUAUGCCAAAGAGCACUUCAAGAACCUGUAA